AUGUCCACCUCCCUCCUUCUCCUCCUCCUCCCCACCCUCACCCAAACCUCCCCAGUCCUCCAACAAGCAACCCAAACCUGCUCCGACGCGUCCCUCUCGUCCCUGAACUGGACAGCCAAAUCCUUCCACUACUCCUCCCUCCUCUCCCUCCUCGGCCCCUCCCUCACCUCCCCCUCCACCGCCGGCACCGCCUCCCUAACCUUCAACCUCUCCAACCCCGCCCUCGGCCCCUCCUUCGACCAGCUCUGCACCGCCGUCUCCACCACCCCCAAUCAAUUCUUCUACCUUGAUCAAUGGUUCACCUGCCUCUACACGCCCCCCAACAGCACCGCGUCCAACCUCUCCCCCCUCGUCGCCGACACCUCGGCGGCGACCUUUCGGUUCGACAAGCUGACCGGCCGGCUAGAAGUGAAGCAGGACUGGGAGUGCGUGGACGGGAAAGACAAGACUUAUCCGACCACGUCUUUCAAGGGGCAAGGGGGGGUGAAUGUCACUCUAGAUUGCCAGGUAGACGUGUGGGCGAAUCCGGAGUGGAGGGCGGGCGGGGAGGGGGUGAUUAGAAACCAGACGGUGGAUUGCGGGGUGGUGGAUGUGAGUGUUGGGUUGGAUAGUUUGGAGGCUAUGGCUUAA